AUGUUUUGUACAAAGGACGACGCAGAAGCCCAACGGCAAAUCCAGCAGAUGGUCAAGUUCAUUUUGAACGAGGCCCGAGACAAGGCACAGGAGAUCGAAGCUCGCUCGCUGGAAGACUUCAACAUCGAGAAGCUGAAGCUGGUCCAGCAAAUGAAGGACAAGAUUCGCCAGGAGUACGAGAAGAAGGCGAAGAAACUCGAGACCCAGAGAGCCAUUGACCGAUCGACUGCCGUCAACAAAGCGCGCCUCCGCCGAAUCUCGGCGCAAGACCAGGUUCUCUCUGAGGUGUACACCCAGGCCUUGUCGCAGCUCUCCGCUGUUAGCGGAAACCAAGCAAAGUACCAGAAACUCCUGGAAGACUUGAUUGUGCAGGGUCUUCUGCGGUUGCUGGAGAGCGAGGUUGUCAUUCGCUGCCGCGAGAUGGAUAAAGCACUUGUCGAGGCUGUCAUUCCGAACGCGGUGAAGAGAUACAGUGAGAUUAUGCGCAGUGAAGCAGGCCUCAAUAAAACCGUUACAGCGACACUCGACAAAUCCGGCCGCUAUCUCCCGCCUCCACCAUCCGACGACAAUCCUGGAAUGUCGUGCUGCGGAGGCGUUGUGCUGAUGACCCGCGAUGGCCGAAUCACCUGCGACAACACAUUCGACGCUCGCCUGCGCAUGGUCAUCGUUGAGUGUGCGCCGACAAUCCGAAACACCCUCUUCCCGAGCCGCCAAUAG